AUGACUUCGCGUGCCAACCAUCUGUACAGCAAUGGCCCUGAAGUACAAGGCGCGUUUGGCGUGGACACACUCCCGCUCACCACGGUUGCCCACAUCAUCUCGUACCUGGAUGACGAUGUCGCUUCCCUUGCACGACUUUGCCGCACAUCACGCGUCCUCUGGUACAUGACCCUACCGCAUCUGUGGAAAAAUGUCACCUUGAAAUCAUACAGCAGUAUCCGCUACAAGGAUGAUGUGCCCGAAGGAUUUGGGAGUGCGAGUCCUUUCUCCAUGGGCCUCAAUGCCUUAGUGACGAGAAAUGUGUCGGGUUUGGUUCGCUCACUGCGGUUGGAGGGAGAAUACAGUGCCUCGGAUUUGCACGAAUAUUCAAGAGCUGGGCGCAUUUCGGAGAGCAUCAUGGUGCUAAACAUCGCGCUUCGGGCAGCCAUUGACCAGUGUGCCCAUCUCGAGCGAUUCCGAUGGGAUCUGGACGUCAGACUACAACCGAACAUGUACGCGGGACUGGCGAAGCUCUCUAGACUGGAGGAACUGUGGCUUCGCUUUCCUACGAACCGUUCACCCCAACCAUCCUACGACAUCCCCGCUAUGCCGAAUCUCAAGGCCUUGACAAUAACACAUUACGAUCCUCUAUGUUUUCCCGACGACAUAUCCACUCUGCUCCUCCACGCGACACGCCUCUCGAGCUUAGUGUUGCACUUCUCACCUCGCAUGCGCGAACAAGGGGAACCGUCGGUUGUUCUCAUGCACUUUUUCCGGAAAAACAUUGCAGCGAAACGGAAACUGCGUUUGAGGAAAAUGGGCGUGUAUAACCUUCUCGCUAAUGCGGACACAUCGGAUUGCCUUCUCGCAUUCGAUACCAGCACGAUCGAGGAUGUGACGGUUCUAAAUACAUUUGGGCUGGAUGAGGACCUUGUUGUGGCCGGGAGGGAAAGCGCCACUCAUUUUAUCGAUCGCACUUGGCAUAUGAUGGUGAACACCAAGGAGAAUCAACCAAAACCCAAAUCUCUGAGGUUGGAUCAGUUGCAUAAAAGACAUGCCAUGGAUCUGGCCCAGUUCGUGGGGUUGGAGAGGCUCUAUCUCGUCAACGCAAGAUAUCAAUCGAGAAAAUCAAACAACACCAUGGCAGAGUGCAAUGGCCAAGACCGUAGCAAAAGCCUAGGCACUUCGGAUUCUGGCCCUCCCUCAGCCGAGCACUCCCCUUGGUCAGGAUCAGUCGUCAAUGGAACGACCUCUGCCAGGACUACACCUAGUGGCUCAACCUCGUGUUCCGCAACACUCUCCUUAAGAGAUCUCUACAUCACCAACAUCUGUACCAUCUGUGGUCCUACCCUUCAACACCUGAUUUUACCCUCCCGUUGGCCUCUGCCAACCUCCAUAACCGCCCGCCUCAUCCGCUCGUGCCCGAACCUAACACAGCUUGCCGCCGCGAUUGAAUGUCUUGAAGAGUCCCAGAUGGAGAUGUUGAGGUUAUUGAUGCCAUUCCUGAGUGAGCUGUGGGCUAUCCGUGCUCUUGUGCCUUGGUAUUCUCCUGAUGUCGUCGCGAGCGGUGAGGAUGCAAGGAGAAGCAGAGAAGUACACGAGAUUUUCGAAAGUUUCCCAGAUUCUGUGCACGAGCAGAAGAUAAACGAGGCCCUGUCCGAGCGUGUUGGCUCGGAGGGAACCGAGGUCCCGGAUUUAUCCAAAUUGAGGUAUAUUGGGCUGGGGAGCAAGGUUUGGGAGAUUACAACAGUUAUGGAAGAGGACAUUAACGGGAAAGUUGAUUCCGGAGAUGACGCUCAAGAAAGCAACACGAAUGGCUUCCGUUGUGACGCUAACAGGUCGAAGAAAGAGACCGCCUAUAGGCGGCGAGCGAAGAGAAUCCAGGAGAAGGACGUGCGACAUGUUGAGAUAUGGAAGAUGGACACGUUGGAUGUUGUUUGA